AUGACAGAAUGCAAACCGAUAUCAACACCGAUCGAAAAGGGGCUACAUUUGCCAGCUGAAAAGGGAAACAUGAAUUCAAAUGUACCGUAUCGUGAGUUAAUUGGAUGUUUGACAUACGCUACAUUGACAACGAGACCAGAUUUGUGUGCGGCUACAAACUGCUUCAGUCGUUUCCAGAGCUGCUACACAAAGGAACAUUUUACGCAUGCGAAGCGCAUUCUUCGUUACUUACAAGCUACAGGCGAUUUGAAGCUUGAAUAUCGUAAAGACGAAAAGGCCAAAAUUUUGGUUGGUUAUGCCGAUUCAGACUGGGCGGGCGAUAGGAAUGACUCAAAAUCAACUUCCGGAUAUGUUUUCAAGCUAUUUGGUAACACUAUCAGUUGGGGAACUCACAAACAAAAUACAGUGAGUCAAUCGUCGACAGAAGCGGAAUACGCCGCGUUGGCAGAGACGAUCAACGAAGCAGUAUGGAUCAAAGAGCUGAUUGGUGAAUUGGGAAUUGAAAUCAAACAUGCAAUCACCAUUCAUGAAGAUAAUCAAUCAACAAUCAAUGCGGCACAAGAGCCAAGGAACCAUAAACGCAUGAAACAUAUUGCGGUUAAGUUCAACUAUGUUCGUGACACCAUAAACAAGGAAAUCAUUCAACUGAAAUACAUUCCGACGGGCGAACAAAUUGCAGACAUAAUGACGAAGGGACUUGGAAGAAUUCAAUUUGUUAAAUUACGCUCUGAUUUAAAUUUAGUUUAA